AUGCCUCCCACCGAACAAGCGCCAUCAACGGUUCUAUCAAGGGCAAGGUGCUAUUGUGGCUCUCUUGAUUAUGGCGUCAGCCUUCCUCGCGAGAUCCUGCCUCUGAGUGCCUACAUCUGCCACUGCAGCCGUUGUCGGUACAUCCAUGGUGCCAUCUCCAUCACUCAUGCAACGCUCCCCAAAGGCAGCAGCCUCAAGUUCUUCGAACCGUCUAGCUUGGCCCUUUGCGCUACUCAAUAUCGUCCCCAAGGCAGCAAGUAUUAUCACUACUUUUGCUCCACAUGCGGAUGUCAUUUAGGUGGCCGUGAUGAACAUGAAGACGUCUGGUACCUUUCAAUCGUACUCUUUCCGUAUGACGAGAGCGUAUUCAGAAUUGACAAGCAUUGUUUCACCGCUUCUGCUCCAGGCGGCCUCCACGAAUGGUUACCCAGUAUCGCCGAUCGGCCUCUAGAUAUCAUGAAUCCCGUACAAGAUACGCACAAUUCUCAAGCUUACAAAUCCGAAGUAGGUAGCAAUGGCAAAGAGCGACUGCGAGCUCAAUGCGACUGCGGCGGCAUCUCUUUUACCAUACAGAGGCCAACUCAAGAAGUACUCGAAGAUGCAUACAUGCGAGGCUAUGUCUCGCCCGAGGACCCCACAAAGUGGAAAGCCAUGACGGAUGCUUGCAACGACUGCCGCCUAAUAACUUCAACCGUUCUAUCUGCCUGGGCAUAUGUGCCAUUGAAGCUGAUUGAGCCAAGGAUUGGUCCAGACUUGAUGCACGGAACGAUGAAGUCGUACAUUUCAUCGCCGGGAUCUCGAAGGACGUUUUGUAGAGUCUGUGGGGCCACCACAUUAUACUGGAGCGACACACGGCAUACAACGGACGAUGAUCAUGUCAUCGGUAUCGCUAUUGGACUACUCAGAGCUCCAGAAGGAAUCAACGCCAUUGGCUGGCUCACUUGGCGCACGGCUGAGCUCGGAUGGCUGGACGCAGGCAGCGAGUACGCAAAAUCGCUAUAUCAUAGCCUCAACCAAGGCCAUCAAGACUGGAGUAUCAGAGCAUUCGGCCGUCUUGUUGAUUUCAAGCUCCCAAAGCCAGAUGUAUCCACAGAUUGA